GUAGAAUAUCAACUAUGGGUAUUAAGCACUCUCUUCCUCCCUGCCUCCUACUUCUUAUCGCCUUAUUAGCUCAAACUCAGUGCAUAGUAGAAAGUGAUCAUUCCCGGCAUAUUCCCUUCAGUCGUAGAAGCUUUCCAAAAGGUUUCGUUUUCGGGACAGCCUCCGCGGCAUACCAGUAUGAAGGUGCUGUAAAAGAAGGAGGAAGGAGCCCUAGUAUAUGGGAUAAUUUCACUCACACGUACCCAGAAAGAAUUUCCGAUGGCAGCAAUGGAGAUGUUGCAGUAGAUUUUUACCACCGCUAUAAGGAAGAUGUAAAGAUAAUGAAGGAUAUGAAUACGGAUGCACUCAGAUUCUCUAUUUCAUGGUCUAGAGUUCUUCCUGGUGGGAAGCUGAAAAGGGGAGUGAACAAGGAAGGCAUUCGUUUUUACAAUAAUCUCAUCAACGAGCUACUAGCAAAUGGUCUACAACCCUUUGUGACCAUCUUUCAUUGGGAUGUUCCCCAGGCCCUAGAAGACGAUUAUGGUGGCCUUUUAAGCUCUCGUAUUGUGGAUGAUUUUCGAGACUUCGCCGAACUUUGCUUCAAAGAAUUUGGUGAUCGUGUGAAGCAUUGGAUCACUCUGAAUGAGCCCAAUAUGUUCACUACCGAAGGUUAUGACUUGGGCAAUUGGGCACCAGGCCGCUGCUCCAAAUGGGUAAAUUCAGCAUGCGAGGCUGGAAACUCUGCCACCGAGCCUUAUAUUGUUGGCCACAAUUUGAUACUUUCUCAUGCCGCAGCAGUAGAAUUAUACAAGCAACAGUACCAGGCGAAGCAAAGGGGCCAGAUUGGAGUAAUUCUGACCACUACUUGGUUGAUACCUUACGAUAAUUCGAAACCUAAUAUUGAGGCAGCCAAAAGAGGCAUUGAUUUCAAUCUUGGAUGGUUUAUGGAACCAGUCGUUUACGGUGAUUAUCCAUUCACCAUGCGAAAGGAGGUGGGAAAAAGACUCCCAAAGUUCAGUCAGAAGCAAUCAAUGAGGCUCAAAAGAUCUUUUGAUUUUAUUGGAUUGAAUUACUACACUACAAAUUAUGCUGUUAAUAUUGUUCCUAUUGCUAACUCCGUCAAUAUUAGCUACUCAACUGAUUCCCAUGUUUACACGACCGCCGAGCGAGGAGGGAUCCCAAUUGGCCCGCAGGCUAAAUGGAUCUACGUAUAUCCGAAGGGAUUACUAGAUCUUCUCACCUACUCAAAGAAAAAGUACGACAUUCCAGUCUUUUACAUCACUGAAAAUGGGGUCUGUGACACUACUAAUGCUACCUUACCUCAAGUCCUGAAGGAUCCUAUGAGGAUAAAUUACCACUACCGCCAUCUUUUGUUUCUCCAAAGAGCCAUUAAGGAGGGUGUGAAUGUAAAAGGGUACUUUGUGUGGUCACUCUUAGACAACUUUGAAUGGGCGAGUGGUUAUACAAUGAAGUUUGGGAUGAAUUACAUAGACUAUAGUAAUGGCUUGAAAAGACAUCCAAGGGAUUCCGCUAAGUGGUUCAAGAAUUUCCUCAAGAAGUAAUAGACGAGGAAACUCAUGCUUCGUAUUAUAUGCUACAACCAGUUCUAUGUGUCUAAGAAGUGAAGUUCAUAAAUAA